UAAUAUUUAUAACAAAGUCAGAGUGAAUAAAAUAGUAUUGAGUGACUGACACUGAUUCACGAUGCUAAGCACAUUGGAUAAUGAAAAUCCAAACGAAGAAAGUACAUUGCUGGCAAAAUUCAGAAGAAGAAACACGGAUUCUGUAUCGACCACAGCCAGCGAAUCUUUGCUAAAUGGAAUAGAUAUGUCGACUGAUACAGAGUUCCGAUGGAGAUGGCAUACAAUACGUUUUUAUUUAGUUGAACUAAUGGUGUUGAUAUUGGUUUUUGCCUACAAUUUAUCUGCUACGAUUUUAAAAAAUAGAAUAAUAUUUCAAACAUGUACUGUUGUAUUCGAUUAUAACACAACAGAUUGCCAAAAAUUAUCGACCAGAAACACUUCUCAUUAUAUUAUGGAUAUAGAAGAAAAAGUUCAGCCAUAUGUUGCCCGACUUUUCAUGACCAGCUCUGUGAUUCAAAGUAUCGUACCAGCUUUUUGUGGGACAUAUGUUGGAGCUUGGUCAGAUCGUUUUGGUCGUAAACCUUUGUUAAUUGCAUCGUUUUCUGGAUAUUUUUUAUUUUAUGCUAUUACUUCUAUUAUAAGCCAUUUUUCCGACGCUGGAGAUGUCAGCCCUUGGUAUUAUUUAUUGGCUUCUCUUCCUCUGUCUUUAUUAGGAGAUAGUGUUACAUAUUCUAUUGCAACUCUAUGUUAUAUUUCUGAUGUAUCCACAACGGAAGAACGACCUUACAGAAUGGUAUUCUACGAAGCCGUAAUAUAUAUUGGGCUAAUGACGGGAUCCUUUACAUCUGGCUACAUAUAUCGAGAUUACACUUCAUCUACAUUAAUAUUUUCAAUAUCUGCUUUGUGUUUAUUGUUUGCAACGUUGUUUAUUAUAUUUGUAAUACCAGAAAGUCUACAAAUUCAAUCGACUGGAAAUAAUCCAAAUAAUGAUGAAGGAAAUCCUUUGGUGGAGGAGCAGAGUCUUAAAAAUCUAUUUGAUAUUAAAAAUCUAAAGGACAUGUAUAAAACUUGUUUUAAAUUCAGAGAAUAUGAAACCCGUACCGUAAUUUUAUUGAUUGUAUCUACUUUAGUAAUUUGUGCAUUUAUAGUAGAUGGGUCGGUAACAGUAUUUUAUCUCUUUAUACGUGAGAAGUUUCAUUGGAACAUUAGAGAAUAUACCACAUAUGAAACCCUUAGUAUUUUAGUGCCCGUUUUAGGAAAUAUAUUUGGAAUAUGGUUGCUAAGAAAAGUUAUUCGAAUUCCACUAUUAAAUCUUGCAAUAGUGGGAUUGUUAUCAAAUGUUUGUAAUUGCUUGAUGAAAGGUUUCGCAGCUAUUAAUUGGCAAUUAUAUUUGGCCAUCGUAUUGGGUGCUUUAAAAUCCAUUGUCAAUCCAAUGCUUCGUACAGUUUUGACUAAAAUUCUACCGUCAAAUGAAUUGGGCAAGAUAUUUUCCUUCAUUAGUGCUUUGAACGCCUUUGUCCCAUUUAUUGCAUCACCGUUAUAUACUAUCGUGUAUGGGUUUACGCUUAAAAGUUUUUCGGGUUUCUUCAAUAUUUUAAGUGCAAAUUUUUAUCUCUUGGCAAUUGGUUUAAUAUUGGUGGUUAUUCGCAAAAAACAGAAAUACAUUUCAUAUUAUGGUGUUAAUUUAAAUUAAUUAACAUUAUAAUUAAAAUAUGAAUGAUAGAUACGUACAUAUUAGGAUUCACGCAAUAUUUUAGAAAUUUUUAUAUCAUACCUUUUAUUUAAGUUUUUGGAUCAGCACUAAUAUUGGUGUAAGUUAUUUUGUUAACAUUUCCUCUCCAUCAUCUGCAUAUCUGCGGCCAGAACACAGAUUUUGGGCGACAUAUUUUGAUAGAUCGCAAACUGGUAAACAUAUUUUAAAUCCGACUUUAGUAUACUAUUCUACUGAAAAAUUUAAAAUAUAUAAACAUAUGUAAUUUGAAAGAAUUUGGAUGCACUAUAAAUGUACCCAGCAAAAAAGUGUGAAAAGGAGUAGAAUUUUCACCACAAAUAACAUACUUGAAGUAUUUCCAAUUUUGGUGAAAAACCUAUGAAUUUUACAUUAUCGUGUCAUUGGAGGGAUGUUGUUAA